CGCAUCCGGAGACAGCCGUCGCAGGACAGCUGCGAUCGAAGGACCGAGUCGGCUGGCGGGAGCGCGCGCUUUUGCGAGGGGGACGACAAAGAUGGAAGGCUAGGCGGCGAGCAGGGGGUGAAGAGAGGCGGCAACGGCGACGUACGAUACGGCAUACAACAGGAGAGUCAAGAGGUGGCCCGAAGUAGGGGAAAGAGAAGUAGCACCGUAAACACGCACGAAAGCACAACUGUCCGAGGCGGAGUAUACGGAGCGGGCCGCGUUUUCACCUUGGCCUGCCGAAUGGAAAGAUGCAGUGACCCAGUGUACUGCCACCUUGCUCCGAUCUGUACUGAGAAGGCAGAGACUCCAAUUUAUGUCUACAAAGUUGAAAGGAGAAAGUCCCAAAGUAGUCUACGCUGUGUGAGAGUCUGUGUAAGGGAGGAGUGCAUGUAUUUAUCUAAAGACAAUACAGGAAGCAAGGGUCAAAGAUAAGAACGAAAGUAGUAAAUGCAUUGGUCGAAGAAGCGAUGGACCCAUCGUUGUUUGUUGCGUACACUCCUCAAACAAACGGAGUUCCAUCGGAGUCCAAGCUUGCUACCUACAUGAGUCGCCAGAGUCCUGGUACAGGAUUGAGCACAACCUCGGUAACCAAGCACUUGUGCAAUCUGUCGUUGGACUCACAAAAGAAGGUAACUGCCAGUCCCGAAUUUGUGCCAGGAAGAGGCCUUACAGGUAGCAAUAGCAGCUCGCCGAAUCUCUUUAACAAUUCCUACACGCACUCUCAGGAGAAUGUAGGUGGCACUAUGUACUUUUAUGUUGGAAAUGCCACUACUGACACUGUCGCAGGCGACGAUGGAACCGAGGCGGUAAGCCUCUCAACGCAAGCUUAUGCACAAGCUAUUGGACAGGUAGGGACAGGGCAGAUCGGUUAUGUCUAUCCAGGUACACCCUCGCACCUACAACCGGUGAAAGCUCCCAAGCCGCCCUCGUCAAACAAUUCCUCCGCUCCCUCCACACCACCCCCUCAGGCUGCCCCUAGCUUCUUUGUGAGCGAAAGUCUGCGACUGGACAUCUUGCAAAAGAACGCAUUGACAUUAGCACAGCCUGACAUAGUACGAUUUCCCGACUUACCUAACGAGGUUGACAAUUAUCACGAGCUGUGUCCCCUGGAGCCAAUUCAUAAACCCGCCUCGACAGUGCUCGGAUAUCAAACCUCCACGUACAAGGCCACCAGUAUCAAGAACGGUACUCGAUACUGUCUGCGUCGUAUACACGAUUUUCGACUUGCCAACACGAAAUGUAUGGUAAUAGUUGACAUGUGGAAGCGACUGUCACACGCAAAUCUGGUUCAGCUGAGGGAAGUCUUCACUACUAAAGCGUUCGGUGAUCAUUCCAUGGUUUUCGUAUACGACUAUCAUCCCGCAUCGGAAACGUUGCUGAACAAGCAUUUUGCGUCGACCGAAUUGAACGGUUACACCGAUCCAUUCUCGUCGGAUCCAAACGGCCAUCGACCUUAUAGUCACACAAAGAACACUAUUCUAAGGCAACAGCACAGUAGCAUGUUACCGGAAAGUGUUAUUUGGAGCUAUAUCAUUCAACUCACUGCCGCAUUUCGUGUUGUCCACGCCGCUGGCUUGGCGUACAGAUGCUUAGACCCCACCAAAGUAUUACUUACAUCACAGACGCGGCUCCGUCUGAGUUGCGCCUCCAUUCCGGAUGUGGUCACUCACGACGGAAACGCCGCGAACCCGCUCGCGCUCGUCCCGCAUUAUCAGCAGGAGGAUUUGGUAGCGCUCGGCAAGUUGGUUCUAGCGUUAGCGUGUCGGAGUCUCAUCGCCGUCCAUCGCGACAAUAUGUCAGCCUCCAUUGAGCUCAUCACACGUUCCUACUCAACUGACCUUCGAAACCUCAUCCUAUAUUUGCUGUCGAAUCAACCUCGUAAGAGCGUUACAGAUCUCAUGCCGAUGAUUGGUGCACGAUUUUAUACGCAACUAGACGCUGCCCAGUUACAAUCCGACGUUCUGGAGAACGAACUUGCCAAGGAACUGGAGAACGGGAGACUGUUUAGACUGUUGGUCAAGUUGGCGACCAUUAACGAAAGGCCGGAGCUCAACAUGGACCCCUCGUGGGCAGAAACGGGCGACCGCUACAUGCUCAAAUUAUUUAGGGACUAUGUGUUUCACCAAGUGACAGCUGAUGGUAGACCCUGGCUAGAUAUGGCGCACGUUGUAGCUUGUUUAAAUAAGCUCGACUCGGGCUCGAUGGACAAGAUAUGUCUCAUGUCUCGAGAUGAACAGAGUGUUCUAGUUGUAACUUACGCGGAACUACGGGGAUUUCUGGAAACGUCAUUUGGAGAACUGGUACAAGCUGCAAGGGACGCUGUCUAAGGCCCAGAGAGCUUUCUGGAAACGUUCCUCUGGACGAGGUCCGACAGCGCGUACUCCGAACCAUAAAUGUGAUAUCACCAUUUAGCGGUACUAUCAUUUUAAUUUUUAUUGAGAUACUGGAGAGUGAGAUUUGUCGAAUUGUGUUUGAUGGUAAGAAAUAAUAACGCGCAACUCGGUUUUUUGUAUACAUGAUUUUGAUCGUCGAAUCAAUUAGGUACGCGAAGCGCAUGGUACAUGCGUUGCAUUUAGAAUGUAAGGCGUUAAAACCUUCGGGUGUUUAAGUCUAGAGGAUCUAUAGAUCCUCAAGUCUCUUUGGGUUAUUGGAUUUUCCAGUUCGGAUCUUAGGAUCUUUAGACCUUGGAGACCUCCGUGCGUUGUCAGUCGGGGUCGAUUGAUCUCUGGAUUUUAGAAUCCUCGCAUCAUUGGACUUUGGGGCCCUUCGAAUCGUCGGAUUCUCGUGGUCCGACGACUCGAAAUCUUCAAAUUCUUCUACCUAUUGAUCCUUAGAUCUUUGGAGUUCUGAUCUCUUGGAAGCUUGAAGUGCGCGAAGGAAAUCAUGUGAUUUUGAUGGCGAUUGGGCUCGUGUAAGCCCAUUACGGUACUAUACAAAAUUGUACACAACUUAAUAAUGCAAUGAUUUCUUAAGAAAUCUUAAGAAGAAAAAAAAACACCUAAACACGCUCGGUGUCUAGGAUAGAGACCUUAGUUUCUAGGAUACAGUUGGUAAGCAUUAAUUUUGAAAUAAAUGUUUAUUUUUGAAAGCAAUACUAA